AUUAGAAAAAAAGAAAGCUGACAAGAAAAUGGCGGGAGGUCUUCUCCUAUGCUAAAUCCGUCACCAGGGUCUGUUGCAACUUGCAGAGAAGGAGGAACGAGGAAGAAGAGAGAGGGGAUGGAGGGAUUAGCGAUCAGAGGAGCCAUAGCUGUCGUCGUCUCCUUGUUGGUAGCUAUCAGGGCGUUCAAGCAUGGGUCCUUGAGCAAAUCAGGCGCAUUCAUGGGGUUUCUCGUGCUGUCGAUCCACAUAGCGGCGAGUUACAGAUUUGGGGCGAUUAUAUUGGCGUUCUUUUUCACCUCUUCGAAGUUGACGAAGAUGGGAGAGGAUAAGAAGCGCGGGGCUGAUGACUCAUUCAAAGUGGGAGGGCAGCGUAAUUGGAUUCAGGUUCUAUCAAACAGUGGAAUUGCAACCAUUCUGUUGGUUGCAGUUGGAUAUUUGACGGGUUGGAAAGAUGUUUGCUUAGAUUCUAAAGAAUCAUCCUUGGUAACAUGUUUAAUGGGUGGUAUAAUUGGACACUACGCCUGUUGCAAUGGAGAUACUUGGUCAUCAGAGUUGGGGAUGCUUAGUGAUGCGCAGCCUCGUCUUAUAACAACAUUUAAGACGGUCCCAAAGGGUACAAAUGGGGCUGUGACUGUAUCAGGUCUUAUUGCUGCAGCAGCAGCUGGAAGUGUUGUUGGCUUGACAUUCAUUCUUGUUGGACUUCUUACAGCAAGUUGUAAUGUGGAUGUGGCUCUGAAGCAGCUGUUGGUUUUGCCUCUCAGUAUGUUGGCUGGGGUUAUUGGUAGCCUUAUUGAUUCUCUCUUGGGUGCGACUAUGCAGUUUAGUGGCUUCUGUUAUGUCCGCAAGAAGGUUGUUGGAAAGCCUGGUCCUACAGUGAAGAAGAUAGCGGGUGUACAUAUACUCGAUAACAAUGGUGUUAACCUUGUAUCUAUUUUACUGUCAACUCUUCUCACGUCCAUUGCCUGUCUCUAUAUUUUCUGAAAUACCAUUGUAAUCUUUGAAAUUGUACCACUAAGUGGGCAGGCCGACCAUAUUUAUAGGUCUGGGCAUGAACAUUGAGCGUUGGAAAUAUUAUGUUUUCAGUUUCAAUUGAUAUACUUUGAGAUUUAGGUUUCUA